AUGUCGGACCCUGAGAUGGGAUGGGUGCCUGAGCCCCCAGCCAUGACCCUGGGGGCCUCGCGAGUGGAGCUGCGGGUGUCCUGCCACGGCCUCCUGGAUCGAGACACACUCACCAAGCCACAUCCCUGUGUGCUGCUCAAGCUCUACUCUGAUGAGCAGUGGGUAGAGGUGGAGCGUACAGAGGUGCUUCGCUCCUGCUCAAGCCCCGUCUUCUCCCGGGUGCUGGCCGUUGAAUACUUUUUUGAAGAGAAGCAGCCUUUGCAAUUCCAUGUGUUCGAUGCAGAGGAUGGAGCCACCAGCCCCAGCAGCGACACCUUCCUUGGCUCUACAGAGUGUACCUUGGGCCAGAUUGUGUCACAAACCAAGGUCACUAAACCAUUACUGCUGAAGAAUGGGAAGACUGCCGGCAAGUCUACAAUCACGAUCGUAGCCGAGGAGGUAUCCGGUACCAAUGACUAUGUGCAACUCACCUUCAGAGCCCACAAGCUGGACAACAAGGAUCUGUUCAGCAAGUCUGACCCUUUCAUGGAGAUCUAUAAGACCAAUGGAGACCAGAGUGACCAACUGGUCUGGAGGACUGAGGUGGUAAAAAACAACCUGAACCCCAGCUGGGAGCCAUUCCGCCUGUCCUUGCACUCUCUGUGCAGUUGCGACAUCCAUCGGCCUCUCAAGUUCCUGGUGUAUGACUAUGACUCCAGUGGGAAGCACGACUUCAUCGGCGAGUUCACCAGCACAUUCCAGGAAAUGCAGGAAGGAACAGCAAACCCUGGGCAGGAGAUGCAGUGGGAUUGUAUCAACCCCAAGUACCGGGACAAGAAGAAGAACUACAAGAGCUCAGGGAUGGUUGUUCUGGCUCAGUGCACAGUGGAAAAAGUGCAUACUUUCCUGGAUUACAUCAUGGGUGGCUGCCAGAUCAGCUUCACGGUGGCCAUCGACUUCACUGCCUCCAACGGGGACCCAAGGAGCAGCCAAUCCCUGCACUGCCUCAGCCCCCGACAGCCCAAUCACUACCUGCAGGCCCUGCGCACAGUGGGAGGCAUCUGCCAGGACUAUGACAGUGAUAAGCGGUUCCCAGCUUUCGGCUUUGGAGCUCGAAUUCCCCCAAACUUUGAGGUGUCCCAUGACUUUGCCAUCAACUUUGACCCAGAAAAUCCUGAAUGUGAAGAGAUCUCAGGGGUUAUUGCCUCCUACCGCCGUUGCUUGCCUCAGAUCCAGCUCUAUGGUCCUACCAACGUGGCCCCCAUCAUCAACCGCGUGGCUGAGCCAGCCCAGCGGGAGCAGAGCACUGGCCAAGCCACGAAGUACUCGGUACUGCUGGUGCUCACUGACGGUGUGGUGAGUGAUAUGGCAGAGACCCGAGCGGCCAUCGUGCGAGCCUCCCGCCUGCCCAUGUCCAUUAUUAUUGUGGGUGUGGGCAACGCUGACUUCUCUGACAUGAGGCUACUGGAUGGAGAUGAUGGUCCCCUGCGUUGCCCAAAAGGGGUACCUGCAGCCCGUGACAUCGUCCAGUUUGUGCCCUUCAGGGACUUCAAGGAUGCUGCUCCCUCUGCCCUGGCUAAGUGUGUCCUGGCAGAGGUACCACGGCAGGUGGUAGAGUACUAUGCCAGCCAAGGGAUCAGUCCAGGAGCUCCCAGACCCUCCACGCCAGCUGUGAGCCCCAGUCCCAGCCCGUGA